ACAAAAGAUGUGUUGUAUGUGUGUGUAGCUUGCUCGUUCGUUUGGUUGACAAUCGCGAUGUGAUGUAUUCUAUCAUCGCAUGUUGAGUUAUAUUUUCAACAAAAUCUUUUAAUUUUUAUAUCAGUUACUCAAUUAAUUUCUAAAUGUUUUCUUUCGUUGUGACUCCCUUUCUCUAUUUUGAUUUCUAAAUAUGUGUAAUUUGCCGCCGAAGUUCCAUUCAGUGUGUCGCCUUUGUUUAUCAUUCUGUGGCGAUAAUUGCAGUGAUGUUAAACUUCCAAUAUUCGACCGUGAUAAGGAUAAAUCACAUCUGUCCGAUAUGAUAAGGACAUAUUUGUCAAUAAUGGUAUAUCCUGGAGAUUUGCUACCUCAAGUGGUGUGUGGGAGUUGUGCACAUAAACUCGAUGAAUUCCAUACAUUCAGAGAAUUAUCACAUAAGUCUGAAAGGCUAUUGGAGCAGUUUUUGCAGUAUGCUAAUUCCUUGACUGGUCCCAAAGAGGAGAAUCUAAGUAUAACGGCGGCCAAACUAGAAGAAAUAAUCAGACCACUCAACGAUAAUGUGUUCGAUCACGAUAAUAAACAUAGUUAUGAGGAAAUAGGAUCGCCAGACUCUACGGAGGAAAUGAAGAAUUCAGAGAGCAGACAAGCGGCCGUCGCGUUACUUUCAAUAAAACAUUAUGAUCCCACUAAAUAUGCCAUUAAGCCAGAAGAAGAACCUCACAUAAUGUUCAACAAUGUACCGAGUUUACCGCCCCCAGAGAGAGCGAGAGAGGUGAUGCAUUGUAAUGCCGUUAUCGAUAUUAUAAGCAAAGCGGUUGCGGUCGCGCAGCGGGAAAAUGAGGAGUCACAAAAGUUUCCUUCAAAUUAUACGAGCGUUAUCGAUGAUAGAACCCAUACAUCAAGCGGUCGUCAAAUAAAUUACCCCCAAGAAUACUCUGACGACCAGUACAAUGUGUACAGCACGCAGAGCGCCGCUAGUCCUGGCAGCAACGACGACAAUGAUAAUAAAGAAAUGGACUUGUCACUCUAUGGUAAUAUUAAAAAUGAAUCUGCAGACCAGAACGAGACCACAGAUCAGGAUAACAAAAAUUCAUCAUACUAUCAUAGAUCAUUAACUCAAAACAAAUCAUCAAAUUUUAUAGAAGAAUACAAGCAGCAGGUUUUCGCCCGAUCGUCCAGCAAAACGAAAACAUCGAAGGACAACUCUUCGGUAUACGAUGACUGCAGUCGGAGUAGUAGUGGCUCUGAUCCUGACAGGCUUCAAAUGGAUAUAUCACAAAUGUCGCAGGACGACCCAGAGGAAACACAAUCAGCCCGAUCGACGCAAUCAUCACCACAACCGCCUGCCGAUAAUGAAAACGACAAGGAAUCGUUAUGGCAAGCACUACAUAGACAAAAUGGUCGAGGAGGUGAAGCGACGCAGUUGUUACGGCGGCUUAUCAACAGCAAACAUCUCGGCAUGACCGUGUCACCGCUGAGGUCGACUACGUCCCCGCUGCCCGCGAUGCAGCAACCCCUCAACGGCGCGGUCUCACCAAAUGGUGAGUGGCAGAACUCAGUUCGUUCGAGCGCGGCGGGCGGGGGCGGCAGCGGCGGCACGGCGAGACGAAAGCAGAGCUUUCCCGCCCGGGCGCAGCCCCCCGCCGCGCCCGACCCGCCUCACGGUAACGCUGUGUGGCCUAACGCACCGAUUUCCGACAACCAGGAAGCAAUAGAGGCGUCGUCGACGGCACCGGGGGCGGGCGGGCGAGGCGGGGCGGGGGCGGCGGCGGCAGCGGGCGCGGCGGCGGGCGGCGCCGGCCGCGUGGAGCUGUCGUGCAGCAACUGCGGCACGCACACCACCACCAUCUGGCGGCGCGACGCGCGCGGCGAGAUGGUAUGCAACGCGUGUGGUCUGUAUUACAAGCUGCACGGUGUACCACGGCCCACCGCCAUGCGCCGCGACACCAUACACACGCGCCGCCGCCGCCCGCGGCACGACGCCAAGCACGCCAGGAAUAAGUCACGGCGGAGCGGCGGCAGCGGUAGUGGUCCCGCGGAAUCUGAUGGAUCCGUAGCCAGCGGCGGCGGAGGAGGAGGUGGUGGAAGCGGGGGCGGGGGAGCGGAGGGCGGCGCGGAGGAGGCGGUGCUGGCGGCGCUGCGGCGGCAGCUGCAGCCGCACCUGCUGGCCGCGCUGCACGCGCACACCGCGCACUCGCCCAGGCAUCCACGACCGCAGGUGGGCCUCAAUGCGCCCGAGUAUGACGAAGCGCCGCUAAACCUGGUCGCAAGCCACGUAGCCGCCGAGGAAACCCACUGACUGCCCCACACUGUGAUAUCGACACGCCCCCAUACACACUCAUCCAAACGUCUACAUAAUUAUCAAUUUUCAUACAAAAUUAGCUCAAUUCAACCCUGCUACAAUUGUUGAUCUGUUUUUAUUUUUUGCAAUCACGAUCUUCCCAAAUAAUUAGUUGUACACACAUAUUUUUCUCUCAAUGUUGCAUGUACGUAUAUAUUUUUUUUCUUGCCUAACAUUACCACGUGCAUUUUGCAACGGUAGAAGUAAUAAUAGAGAUUAAGAAAUAAUAAUAGCCUGACAACUGUUGCAAUAUGAACGUUGUGAUACUACGAUACAAGAUUAUGUAUAGGACUUUAUGAACCUGUCUAUAUACACAUGUAACGAGAAAUUAAUGAAUUCACUGUGUUUUUGUCGUUUCCGACAAUUGUUUCGACUUUAUCCGGUUGUCUUCUUUAGAAAAUAAGAAGAAAAAGAGAGUCCCUUUACAGUCAUCAAUAACUAUAUGAGAUACAGCUACUCAUCUCCGACAAUACCAUUGUCUCCGUUCACCGCUAUUUCCGCCCCCAACGGCAAAGACGUCAUUACAAGCUAUGCUAGCGGCAGCCUGCAAUAUGAAAUGAGAUGUUGCGAAGCAAAUCGCCAAACGCCCCCUGAAAAAGAUUACCGGAUGACGUCGAAACAAUUGUCAGAAACGGCAAAACACAGCGAAUUCAUUAAUUUCCGAUUACAUAUGUACCAUUACCGCUCAAAAGUAUUUAGCCACAUAGUAAAACACAUUUUGUAAGUCUGAUUGAGUGAAACUCUUGUGUUCUCUCGUCUAAUUCACUUUUUUAUAUUUAUUAUUUCUAUUAGUUUGGUAUUAAUAACUAUACUCAAAUCUUCACUCAGUUGUGACUCUCGGUCUACUUGAACGACGUUUAUUGCAAGACUUCCCUUGAUAAUAAGUCGAGUCUGGGGUCGUCUUUGCGUCGAUAUAUCUAGCGACGUCCAGUUUUGUGGUCAUCUGGAGGAAAAAGCUAAGAUAGCUUCCAAAAAGUUGGGGGUGCUCAAUAGGGUGAGACGGUAUUUCACGCCGGAAAACCGCCUGAAUCCGUAUAAAGCUCAAGUGAGGCCACACAUGGAAUACUGUUCUCACCUGUGGGCAGGAGCGCCACAGUACCAACUUCUUCCGUUAGACCGCAUUCAAAGUCGGGCAGCUCGAAUUGUUGGCGAUCGGCGUCUUACUGUCCGGCUCGACCCACUGAAACUGCGUAGAGAUGUUGCAUCUCUGUGCAUCUUCUACCGAAUUUAUCAUGGGGAGUGCUCUGAAGAAUUGUUCGGAAUGAUAUCUGCUGCUGAUUUUCACCAUCGUAUAACCCGCCAUAAACUAAAAUUUCAUCCCAACCAUCUGGACGAGUGGCGGUCCUCCACCUUGCGUUUUUCAAGGCACUUUCUCCCACGCACAACCACUCUUUGGAAUCAACUUCCAGCAGCAGUAUUUCCGAACCGAUACGACAACAUAACCUUCAAGAAAAGAGCAUAUUCCUUUUUAAAAGGCCGGCAGCACACCUGCAAUGCCGUAGGUGUUGUGGGUGACCAUGGCCGGCGGUAGUCACUUACCAUCAGGUGAGCCGCAUGCUCGUUUGCCCCCUGUGUUGUAAAAAAAAAGUUAUUCUUUCAGCCGCAAACUUCUUUAUGACGUAGUCAACAGUUUGUCUUGGUAUCUUCUGUAGUCUUGAAUUCUCAGGAUUUUUUACCGAAUUAUAAAGGCCUAUUAUUAUGCCCCUGAUCUCUUUGGAAUAUUUCUUAUUUUUACCCAUUUUCUUCAAAAAAUGAAACAUAGAAGUGAAAAACCAAAAGAUAUUGGUAGACUUUAGGUACUGAGUUAUGGAGAGCGUGUUUUCUGGUCACAUGGCAUCAGAUAACUAACGUAAAAAUAUUAGUAGUAGUUAUUCUAUAUUUUACUUGUGUUUAUUUCUUGAUAACUUAAAACAAAAUUGCGACUUCAAAGAUUAACUUUAAAGAAAUUCCGACUAACAUUAUUACGGUUUUAUGACAAGGAAUCGGCAAAUAACAAUAAGCUGUUUACAAUUGUACUGUAGAUAAGUAUUUUGCGAUAUUAUCAUCAUCAUCAUGUGACUGUCCACUUCUAAACAUAAGCCUCCCCCUAGAGGUGUUUUGCCAGUAGUUGCCACGCUUGGCAGGCAGAUUGACAACUGCAGUUAGGCUUUGGAGUUUUAAGAGGGACGCUGCUGCUCAUCCCUUGCUCAUAGUCGCCUCUUUCGACUCCCACGGAAAAGGAAGGUCUGGCCUAUUCUAUGCCAGGACCAUAUGAAAAUUUCGGUGUUAUACAAACAAUGAAACCUAAUAAAUUGUUUCGUUAAAAUGUAUUGUUUAUCACUUAAAAAAAAAGGAGAUACUUUUGAGCGAUAGUGUAUAUAGAUAUUAAAUAAAAUAUGAACAUAAUUUUUAAAAAUAACAUUGUGAACCUAUUGAAAAUAGAUAAUUUAUAUAAUAUUAAUAGUACAUGUGACAAAAACCAUUAUUAUAUUUUAGUGAUAAGAUGGCCAGUGUAACAACAAUAAGCGAAAAAUACUUGGUAUUUUCUAAGUGUUAGUAUAUUUCUUUCACUACUUAAUUUUGACAUUUUAUAUUUAUAUCCGAUAGAAAUGUUUAUAUUAUAAUGAGAAUAUUUUUUCUUAUACAUUUGGCAGUUUGAAAUAUAAUUUAUUUUUAUUUUACAAAGUUAUAUUUAAGUUUAGAAUUAUAUAUAUAUA